CGGAGAGGGUCUCUUCUCUGAUUCGUAAUUAGAAACCCCAAACAGUACCCGCCAUCCUCCCAAAACCCUAACGCCUUCGUCCCCCGAACCCGCUAGCCAUGGCGACCACAGCCGCCCCACUCGACGAAGCCAAAGCCAGGAAUGUUCUCCGCCAGGUGGAGUUCUACUUCAGCGACAGCAACCUCCCCCGCGACGGAUUCCUGCGGAGGACCGUCGAGGAAAGCGACGAUGGGUUGGUGACCUUGGCUCUUAUCUGUUCCUUCUCGCGGAUGAGGUCGCACUUAGGGCUCGAAGGGGACGUGAAUCCGGAGACUGUGCCGGAGGAGAUGGUGCUUGCGGUUGCCGACGUGCUGCGCCGUUCCUCGGCUCUCCGUGUCUCCGAGGACGGGAAGAAAGUUGGUAGGGCUAAUGAGUUGCUGAAGCCAGAUGAGGUUAUAGAGCAAGUGGACUCUAGGACAAUUGCUGCAUCACCGCUUCCUUACAAUGUAAAACUGGAAGAUGUCGAAUCUUUUUUUGCACAAUAUGGCAAGGUAAAUAGUGUGAGGCUACCACGACAUGUUUCUGACAAAAGACACUUCUGUGGCACUGCUUUAGUUGAAUUUUCAGAAGAAGAUGAAGCAAAAGGUGUUUUUGAGAAUAAGCUUAUUUUUGCUGGGGCAGAUAUAGAAAUAAGACCAAAGAAAGAAUUUGAUGCUGAAAGAGAGGCGAAGAAAGAAGCAUAUGAAAAGUCACAUCCUAAUAAGAAUGGUCCUGACGAAGGCUAUCCAAAAGGUCUGAUUCUGGCCUUCAAACUGAAGAAAAUUCCAGCGGAUGGUGACACAGAACAAAAUGGUGGGAACAAAUUAGAUGACAUUGAUGGUGCCAAGAAGGAAGGAGCUUCCAAUACUACAGAGAAAUCAAGUAUUGGGCAUGAAGAGAAGAUCCCUGAGAAUAACAGCGAUGUGAGUGAAGAGCACUCAGAUGGUGUUGAGGAGUUGAAAGGGGUAGCUGCUAGGGAAACUGCACAAUCUGUUGACAAGGAUGACAACAGCCCUCCAGACAAUGAUCGAGAUACAAUCUCGAGGGAGGACAUAAAAGAAGAAUUCACAAAAUUUGGCACAGUGCGGUAUGUGGACUUCAGUAAAGGGGAAGAUUCAGGAUACAUUCGGUUUGAGGAUUCCACAGCAGCUGAAAAGGCCCGUGCACUUGCAGCCCUUGCAGAUGAAGGCGGUUUGAUUAUGAAGGGACACAUAGUUACUUUGGAACCUGUGACUGGUCAAGCCGAGAAGGAUUACUGGAGUGCAAUUCGAGGCGGUCAAGAGAAAUAUAAAGACAGCCGAAACAACAGAGGACGGGGCUGGAAGAAUAACAGAGGCGGAAAGCACUUUGGUGGGAAGCGGGGCCGCCACUUUGAGUCCCAUGAGAGGGCCUCUAACAAAGCUCAAAAGGUUUAAGAGGCCAGCUAGCUUUAGCUCAAGAAUGAGGAAAAACAUAUAGAUGAUGUGCUGCUUCCGUCCACAUCUUUGGAAGCGGCAUCUGGUGUUGUUUUAUGUUUUAUUUGCUCUUGCGAGGCGUGUGCUGCGCUUUUUGAAGCACAGACUAUGAAUUAUGAAUCAUGAUGACAAUGAGAAGAGGGAAAAUGAAAACUGUACGCGGCUAAAGUUCAGUACUGAGAAAAAAAGGAACUCCUUUAAUCUA